CACGGACCACGACCUGGAGCCCAGCUUUGUAGAGAUCCACCUUGACGAGGGGAUCCAUGACGACGAACGCCGUGACGUCACCGUUCUUUGACGACUAUUUUCUGUGGAGGCGUCUGGUGGACGCGUGUUGGCGUGGUGCUCGAAAACCUUUGGAGAAGUGAGCCGCGGGUAAAUGGUGCCUCGUUUGAAUCGCGGUAGGCCGCGUUGGUUGGUUCAUUCAAGUGCCGGCGUCGACGGUGCCGUUGCCGUUUUUUGCACCGCGACGCGUUACCCUCAUCUCAAGUUUGUGCCGAUGUGGUGUACGUGGAGGCCGAGCCGGAUCUGUGGUUGAUUUCUGUGGUUGUUCGGUUCUGUGUUCUGUGCCUUGUGGUAUGGCAAGAGGGAAAGCCGCUGUCGUUGCCAUCGACAGGUUGUUGAGGUGUUACUUUUAUCAAGAUGUUGACCAUGUUGACGAUGCAUCGGGAAAGCGAGGAUAGCACAACAGGCGAGGGAACGUCACGUCACUGGCCUCCAGUAUCAGCUCAGCCAAGAAGACCUGGGUUGUCAUCGGCGGAGGAGGAAUUUGUCGACAUUUUACAGGUCCAACAGCUUCUUUUGGAUAGCGGAAGUAGAGGUCGAGGUGGUGGAGAGCCUUCAAGCUACGUACAUCCACCCGCUGUUUAUCAUUAUCAUGGUGGUUAUGGAGGACACCAUCACCAGCCACAUUUUCACCAGCACCAACAUGCACCAGUAUUGCCAACCUCUAGUACUGUUGACGAUUUGGUUGCUUUGUGGUUCGCUGGAUCCUCUGCAUCAGUGCGUCCCGACGCUGCCUCGAGCCCUGCGGCGUCGGCAAACAUGAUCAUGGACGGCUUGGAAACGCUGCAAGUUCAGCACCAUCACCAUCACCCUCAUCACCACGCGUAUUUGCUGACGGAAACGGCGGCUUCGGCGGCCGUCGCUCACCACUUCAACGUGCUGAGCUUCGACACGUGCCUCUACAAGACGACCUCCGGAGACGGCGCCGGCAGCCCGGCGUCGGCGUCCGUGUGCUCGACGACAGCGCCCGAGGAAGACGCGACGCUAACUUCGGAGGCGCAGACAGGAGACCUCAACACCCCUGUCACCACCUCCGGGGACAUACCCUCUUUCUUCGGACCUUCAACAGUCCUGGAACCUCCACCCAUUACAGGUACCUUAGAUCCAGAAGAAAUCUCAAUCGAGCAACAAUCAUCCCUAGAGCAACAGCAACAGCAUCAGCAUCACGUCAGUCCGCAUCACUCCCCAGCUUCCAGCCAUUUAGGUGAAAGAAGUACCCCUCAAGAAAGUGCCCUAAGCCCUGCCCUGAAAGACGAUAGUACAAAUCAUAGCUCCCUCAACAUGUAUCCCACGCAUUCCAACAACAACAAUUCCAUCGCCAAUAAAAUGUCCCACAGACAAGUCUACUCGUCUGCACCAAGCCCAAACCUAUCCGGAAAUCUGCAAAUGCAAACCAUGGGAGAACUGUCCAAUCAGAGUAUGAAUCACUCUCCAAACACUGUGAAUCCUUGGUUGUUAUCCAGUGGAGAAAAGUCGAUAUAUUCUGGUAUGUUUGGCCUUUUGGGAAACUCGCAGUCCCCACAACAUCAAUAUUCCGCUACUCCAAGUCCAGUCCAUCCCCAUUAUGAAGAAAGAUCAGCAGAACAACUCAUCUUAAGUAUGGACUGUGGAAGCAAUAUGACGCUUAAACAACCCCCAUCCUAUCCAAGUUGUUCUUCUGUUGGUCUCCAACUGGACAUGCAACAGGAUUUGGUGCAUACGAGGGUGGGACAACCUUUGGUGGCCAGUUCCGUCAAAUACCAAUGGGAGACUCAAGACUUCGGCAGUCCUCAGGGCUCAAGUUCAUUAAUAGUGCCGGGACCAAGUGGUUUAGUUCCAAAACAAGAACCUUUUUCGUCAGGUUGCUCGGGUGAUAUGGGCCAAUCGCAACAGCAACAUACUGGUGCGGGAUACGGUGUACAGUUAGCCGAGUAUAAUCCGAGUACUAGCAAAGGACACGAAAUUUUAUCGCAGGUGUACCAGCAGAGUCCGGUUCCUCUGAAACUGGUACCGGUAAAACCCAGGAAGUAUCCGAAUCGCCCAAGUAAAACUCCUGUUCACGAGAGGCCGUAUGCAUGUCCGGUAGAAAAUUGUGAUAGACGAUUCUCGAGAUCGGACGAGUUGACCAGGCAUAUCCGGAUACACACUGGGCAGAAACCGUUCCAGUGUAGAAUAUGCAUGCGAUCUUUUUCGCGAUCCGAUCACCUCACGACGCAUAUAAGGACUCAUACCGGUGAAAAACCGUUCUCUUGUGAUGUUUGCGGUAGGAAGUUUGCGCGCAGUGACGAAAAGAAAAGGCACGCAAAGGUCCAUUUGAAGCAUAGACUGAAGAAGGAGAGCAAGAUGACGGGAAACUCCUCCAGCAGUCCUGCUCCACAACAGCAAGCACCUCAGGUGCAUCACCUACAUCCUCACCAGCAGCACCACCUUCACGCAAGCCAUACUAUCACUAGUGAGGACGGUAUGCAAUUGCCAGUGGUAACUACAACACUCUGAGAAGAACCUUCAGCCGAGCUGACAGCCGGCGAUUGUAUUUUGUUUAUUCAAGAUGACUGUGAUUUAGUUGCAAACGAUGCUCAGAUUAUCUAUGUGACGAUAGAACAGGCUGACGACAACUGAAUGCACAAAUUGCUGUUGCUACCUGAGUAACCAUAUGAUCUCCGUUUUGAAUGUCGUUUCCACCUUGAGUGUGUUUGUUUAUGCACAGAACAUCCAUCCGAAGACAUGAACUAUUAUUUCUAAUUCAUCAAAAAACAACCAUAAUUUACACCUAAUUGGGUUGAUACCAUUUGAGGAAAACAAAGUAUAUACAAUCGAAUAUUAUCGGUGAUGAAUUAUUUGGAUGGAUCUUAUGAUAUGCGUGCCAUUAUCUGAAGAUCGAGGACCUUUUGCAUAAGAUGCGAAAGUUAACAUUAUCUAUAUUUUAAAAAUAUAACCCACCUAACACAUCGAGCCAACAGCCUAUGUUACCCAUCUAACGAACUCCCCCAUUUUCGAAAUAAAAAUUCGGAUAAUUCCAAACCAGAUUAAUUUCGGUAGCGUAGGUCCUCGAUGUCUUUAUUUUUAAGAAACAAUUUAACAAAGGCUUUAAUUAUUAAUUGAUAGGUAUUUAGUAAGCACAUAUUAUUAUUGUUGUUGCCAAAUAACACUGUUUAAACUGUUUUUACACAUUCCGUACUAGGUUUUUCAAAUUGAAAAUUGUUAAAUAUUGUGAAAAUUGUAAUUUAUUUAUUUGUUGAUAUAUGUGUUUAAAUGUUUGCAAUUGACAGUGAAUAUAGAUGAGGCGGUAUUAAUUUGUGCCAUAUGCUUCAAUAAUAUAUCCUCAACCUAACGAUUCAUAAAAAGAGAAUUUGAGAACCUUGUGUUAGAAAAUAGAAAUAUCCUAUAUUCACUGUUGCAGAUUAAAGUCAAUAUGAAUCAAGUGAGAAGUCUUAUACGCACACUGUGAGUGUUAUUAAUGUUAAUUGUUGGAUCAAAUGAAUCUCCUGUUGAAUGAAAUACUAAGAAUAUCAUUAAAGUUUCAAAUUUAUCAAAAAUGCCUUAAGAAGUGUCUUGAACAACUGCAACUUAUUCAGAAAUUGAAUAACAAGGAAUCCUGGUUUUACAAUUAGCUAGGAAAAGAAAGUAGUUAACUAGUUGGAACGUGUGGAAAAUUUCAAUGUGAAUCCAUCAUAUUUUAAAUUGAAAUGAAACCUAACUAAGAUUUUGAUAAUAACUCAAUGACAAUCCUAAAUGAGUUUCCGUUUUUUUUUGUUUCUUAUUACAUACAAGAGAUGCAACUUAUAAAUUUCUGUGAUUGACUUGUGAAUUUUCUGAUUUCUAUAUAUUUUAUGUUUGAAAUUUUAUUGUUCCUAUGUUGAAAUUUCGGAACUGACAGGAGUGCACUUUUUCUAUUAAGCACUGAGAGGUAUAAUGACUGUCUUUUCUACCUUUAGAAUGUUAAUUAUGAGAGAAUGAAGCUUUCUGUGUGACUUCUUCUUGGUCACAAAACCAAACAUCUAACGAUUGGUUGCCAUAGGCCUAAUUUCAUAUUGAUUGCAAAAUUUGUAUAUAUUGUAUAUUUUAACUUUAACAAUUGUUGUAUAUAAUGUAACGUGAGAUUCAGAUAAUUGUUGAAAAAUUACCCUACCCACACUGAGAUAUAUGUUACCCCUAUCCUGACAAAUAUCCCACUUUAUCCUUCUCCUGAAAUUGCACUGAAAUAAUAAUCUAUUUUUUAUAUCCUUGGAGAAAUUAGAUGUUACCUUUAUCAAUUUUAAAGAAUGAUGCUGUUAAAAUUUCAAUUCGACUAUUGAGGCUGUUUAUUGUAAAUGUGAUAUUUAAAAUACAUGUUGUAAAUUAUUAUCACAAAUUUGAAGAUCAUGUUUAUUUAUUUGUUCAUGUGAAAGAAAGUACUGUUCGAAGCAAAUAUAACUGCAAUUGAUGUUUGAAGUAUGAAAUAUAAAAUUAUAAUUGUGCUCAUCUCCGUUGAAUCACACAACUCCAAUCUGAAAAUAAAAUAAUUUGCUAAGUGA